UCAUUUACUACAGAUUCAACUACAAGAUUAUUAGAAUCGAUCACACAGCACAGUGCUAUACGUCAAACAUAUUUAGAGUAAAAAGUUUGGCAUCAGAAAACAGGAAAUAAAUAUUGCAGUCAUUCGAAACAGUUCAGUCGUUGAGAACAGAUAUAAAAUUCAACAAAAAUAAAAUAAUAAAAAAUAUAAAAAUGGAAAAGGAAAAUAAAUAUAAACCGAAUGCCGAAAAACCAACCAAACCAACCAUGAAGCGGUACUUCGGCAAGCCCCUCCAACAGCAUCAACUAAAAGAUGUACGUUUUGGGAGGAAUGAGUUGCAAUUUCAGGGGACCUUCCUGAGUUCUGUGAAUGUGCGAUAUACGGCCUCCAUAUACGUUGCUCAGAAUGUAGCCAACUAGAAGUAGACCCCUAGAUGAAUCGCGACUUUUUAGUUAUGUUUCUAUCAGAAAAGCUACCUUUAGAGGGUAUUUCGUUCGAAUUUAACAAAAAAAAAUUUAGUAAACUUUGACAUUUUACUCAAAGGCAUACUUGAUGGUUUCCAUUUCAAGUGGGUAGCAAUGAAGACGGUACAGUGAUCUGUGUAUGGCCCCAUCUGGGCCUGGAAGUCAGUCGAGCCAUUCGUCUCUGUGAGGACUGAAUGUAUUGAAGGGGGUAUCUGUGUACUCUCUUGGAACUCAGUAGAAUGUUUUUAAACGGACGAUAUUGCUAUUAAUUAAAAUGGAUGAGUGACCUAUGUGCUGUGGUGCCGGAGGAGUCGGUUGGUCGGAGUCUCUCAGAAGUACUGCUGCCAUGCCUGCCCGCUCCUUUCCUGCAAGUUCAAGGCUCUGGGGGCAUAAGAUAGCAUUUAGCGCAUCAUUUGGGGUGGAGUUCUACUGAUGCAUAGGCCGGCAAUUCGCUGAACUUUGCACAGUUUUUUGGUGGUCCUUUUCAAUUGCUCCGGUCACCACGCAGUAACUCCGUAGUGUAGUAUUGGCCUAACUAUUGCUAGAUGCAUCCAUUGGACUAUACUUGGGUUGGUGCCCCUUUUUACAAAAAUGGAUUUUGUACAUGUAUAGAGCGCUGUCGUGGCCUUCGUCACUUUAUUUUUGACGUUCAGGUUUAUGUUUAAUGUUUAGAGUUCAACUAUGGACAGUUAAACUGUGUAAAAAUAAGAAGGUAGAAAUCAUAAAAUUAAAUUAAAUAAUUAUUCAUUAAAGAAGAUUUUACUUUGGAAGCACAAGUAUCAAAGGAAAAAAAGAUAAACAAAUUUAUUGUAGUCGCGGCAAAGGCUACGACAAGAUUCAUGGUCAGAGUAGUUCGAAGGACAGGAAGACGCAGAGGAUAGUAAUGCCUAGUUGGGCGGGAUGGGACAGCAAUAUUGAUAAGGCUAAUGAGGGCCGAGGAUUCAACGUCGCCUAGGAGAAGUUUGUGGAGAAACAGAAUUCCAUGGAAACUCCUACGACUUUCAGGAGAGUGCAAGUUCAUGAGACGCAGCCGACUCUCAUAAGAAGGAAGAUGACGAGAGGGGUCCCAAUUAAGUCCGCGCAGGGCAAAGAUAAGGAAUUGUUUUUGAACGGACUCGAGCAUAUCUUGAUAUUUUUGGUAAUGGGGAGACCAGAUACAGGAACCAUAUUCCAAGAUAGGUGUAGAAUAGUUUAGUGGUUAGGGGUCAGAAAAUUCCUUCGACCAUCUUUUGAUAAAGACAAGGACUCCUUUGGCUUUAUUCGAAAUAGCGGAUAUAUGAGAACUACAACAUAAGUUAUGUACGAAAAUAAUGCCUAAGUCAUUAACUUUGUAUAGGCGUUCCAAGGAAAUUUUAUGAAUUGUGAAGUUAAAAAGGUAAGACUUGUUGCGAUGGAGGGUCAUGGCGUUAAAUUUGGAAAUGUUAAGAGGAAGAGCGCUAAUAAUGUACCAAUUUUUGAGAGCGUCGAGAUCUGAUUGAAGAAAUAACGAGGUUACCAGAUCGCUGUAGGAAAAACAUAGCUUGACAUCAUCAGCAUACAUUAGGACUCGUGAAUUAGUUAAAACUUGGGGAAGAUCAUUGAUAAGGAGGUUAAAUAUUUCCAAUUCAACUUUUUGCCAAUUACCAACCAUAAGUAAAUGCCACUGUUGCUGAAGGA